ACCGCUCGUCUCACAUAACGAGGUCUGUGCUGCUGAGAGGAGCUCCAGUCUGUUUAGAAAAGGUUCGAUUCGAACUUUCUCAGUGGAAAUUCGUCGAGAAUUUUUUUGUUUUGUUUUUUAAAUUGACUUCAAAAAGGACCCAGGGUUUUUCAUUUAUGGAUCCCAACAAGUCUCCCAGUGCUCCUCCAUCGGGAUGGACCGAUGAGAAGUCCGUCAUGAUGCAGAACCCACCGCCGCCUCCCUACCAGGACGGGCCACAGCCCGGGGCCCCUCAUUUUUACCCGCCUCAGCCUCAGGGUUAUGGAAUGCCUCAGCAGUAUGGUGCAGAAUAUAACCAGCAGGCCUACAACAUGGGCCAGCAGUACCCAUCGCAGCCCAAUACCGUCAUGGUCCAGCCCACUGUGUACGUCGCCCGAGGCCCUCUGGUAAACCCAGUCAAUGACUACUUGGGCUACUCCAUCUUCACCAUGCUCUGCUGCUGCAUGCCACUUGGCAUCGCUGCCCUCAUCUACUCCAUUUCAACCCGUGAAGCCAACCACACAGGCGAUCAGCUGGCAGCAGAGCGGAACAGCAGGACAGCCAGGACGCUGAACCAUGUGGCUCUGGGACUCGGACUUGGAUCUUUGGUCCUGUGCAUCAUCUACGUGAUUGUUAUUGUCGUUGUCCAUGCUCACAACUAAACCUGCAUUUUAUCUUUACUCUGCAUGCUUGUUCUACUUCACAUAACCAGAACAUAUUUGGAACAUUAUCUAUCAUUAGGGUCGAGCCUCUGGGCCUGUUUUUGAUUCUUAGUUUUGAAUCUCACCAAAGAAAUUCUUUUAUUCACACAAAAUUAACCAGUCAGCCUCUCAGGAAAUCAUCAGAACAGAAAGUCAGUGACUCAACCUGAAUGGUCGUUUUAUUCAUAUUGUUUUUAAAACAAAACCUAAAAGUGUUUUUUUUUUAAAAUACAGACUUUCAUUAUAGAUAAAUUUACGAAUUAAAAAAAAGUUUUUUUAAUCUAACUUUAUCUGAACAUUUUGUGCUCCAGUGUGCAGUCUUGAUAGAAUUACAUGUUUUUCCCCCAUUUGUUUAGAGUUUCUGCAUCAGUGUUCCCAUCUUUUAUCUUGCCUUUUGUUUGCAUUUUUCUGCUCUGCUUUCACACGCAGCCUCUGGAGGCACAGGGAUCCUGAAACGACACCAUAAUUCCUGGAAAGGAAAGAAUUUGCGCAGUAUUCUAAACAAUCUAACGGUUUCGAGUGUACAAGUAGCACACACUUAGAAGUCACACUGAAAGGUUUUUGUUUUUUUUUUUUUGUUUUUUCUCACUGUGACAUUGACAAACACAAGUCUGAUGCACCAGACCAGAAAAACACACUUCACUUCAGGAUGCGACUAAUAAAUUCCAGAUGUGUUGAAUUCUGAUGUUUGAAUAAAGAAACGGGGAAAAUCCACAAAGAGCAAGUUAGGAGUUCUUCUGAAUUUUCCAAGACGUUAACAAUAAAUGUUUUGUCCAUCUCUCUGAACCAUCUUCAUUUUCCGUUUAUAAAUUCUUGUCAACAUUAACAUUUUUGUUCACAAGUGUUCCCUAAGACUUUUUUUUCUCACUCAAACAUCAUGCAUUAUUAUGUUCCUUUUCUCAGGAUGUAUUCUUCCAAUUUCUCCCUUUGUCGGAUCGUGGUGUGUUUAUGUAGGAGUUCACUUUAUCUUUUAGUAGAACAGGCUUCUUUUUGUUGUCCGAGGCACAAUGAAUGUGAAUACAGAAACCAAAAAGUGAAAUCAUUCCUUUUGUUGCUGCUGUAAAGUGACAAACACAGUUUUAGAAUAAAAAUCCACCUGUUGCCUUGCCUGUGCCACAGUGUUUGCCUUGUAUUUUGUACCGCAGCUUUGAAAUAAACGUGAAAAUUAUA